CUUCCGAAACUCAUCUCUCUUACGAUACUCGCUGUAUACCUUGCCCGUUGUUGAUUCGCAACGAACGGUUCCUCAACGUUACGCCGUGGCUUGUCUUACCGAGCACCCAUGGCCGACAUCAUUCAUCAGGCUCUCUCCCCGAAGGUGGUGAUCUUUUCCUCGGAACAGGUUCAACAGUCCUGUAAAGUGAAUGGAUUGAAGAACCUCGAUGAGCUAUUCAAGCCAUGGCAGAACUCGGUGGAGAAAGUCUCCAUACUGUCCUCGUUAUUGACACCUACAGUCCAUCCACAUUUCGCAAUACGAUUCGUCUCGCACGACUCGCUGUUACAAGCUCAAAAUGGAGGUGGCGGUGCUAUUCCUUACUCGCCGGAAGUCGUCGUUGAUGUUAUAGCCAACUUGGUCGGACGGCUGGAUCCUGCGCAAGAACUUCAGUAUAGCGUACUCCGCGACGUCUUGCUUGCCUCGAGUCCCAUCGCUGAGCAUGAAACGCUCAAUCAUCCGGUUUCCUUCCUCUUGGCGGCGUCGACCCAAUCAGAAGACCCCGUUAAGGACCUGCAUAAGCUUCAUGCGACGGCAGGAAGUUCUCCGGUCUACACUUCAAGAGGCUACAUGGAUGGAACGGUCAACUCGAUUCAGCGAUUCUGGCUACUCGUCCACGACGUGGCGGUUUCGGGCGUAGACAUGGCAAGGCCGGAAGCCGCUCUGCUACAAGUCAAAAAGACAUUCGGACCACAUUGCGGGCUACUGAUUGUCAACUCGCGAGUACAGCCAGCAGAUGGCGAACAGGAUCAGCAAGCAGAUAUCGCCGAUCUAAAACAGAGAUAUGGAGACUCCUUGCAUAGUCUCUUGGGAAACGACCCGUUUGUGAGACUGGGAGUUCUCCUUACGGACAAUAUCGUUGUGGAAAGAGUCUCUGGUUCCGAGGGUCCUGCUGGCGCUACAGCAGCUCGCUUGUCGGAUGGAUACGAGGACCUGGGGCAGCUCGCGUCUCACCUCACUUCAAGUGAUACGGCUGCGAUACGCUCUUUCCUGAGGGAAUUUACAUCUCAAUCUUUGGUGCCCUGGAUGGAAGCCAGAGUCAGGGAGUGGAACGAAAUCUUUGUCAACUCGCGACGAGGUCUGACGGGCAGACUGUUCGGCGCCGGGCGCAAGUUCUUCGGGUCAGGCAGGUCCACACCAACUCAAACCAUGGUCUAUAAUUCUAUAAGAGGGUACUACCCGCCAUCUGCCCCUGAAACGCUCUCUCGCAAACUUGCAGACUUUGCUUUCAUGCUUCGGGAUUACAAAACAGCCGCCGCCGUUUAUGAUUCGAUACGAAAGGAUUAUUUACAGGAUGGCGCUCAAAAGUUGUGUGCAAGCGCUACCGAGAUGUAUUGUCUAUCGACCUUGAUGAGCAUGCUGACUUCGGCGCCCGAAGAGCUUCAGGCGACCCAGAGUCGGCACUCCCUGGCAGAGCUUGAGUUACUCCUCGACCAAUGUACCGCGACCUAUUUGGGCCGUCCCCAGACUGUGAUCGAUGGGAUGCGCGUCGGACUAUUGUUGAAUGAAGCAUGGCAUUCCUUCCGGCAUCCGGACGUUUUGGAUUGGACUGGUACAAGUCGCAGCCUUGUCAAAAUAGCUAGCCAGAUAGAGGACGUUCCGAGUGCCAUACUUUUGGAACAAGCGGCUUCUGCAGACAUGACGGGAAUCAAGAAGCUUGCGCGCAAGCACGCGUUUCAUUCUGUCAUGGCCGCACGUCGCUUUGAACAAUCAGGCCAAAAAGCCCUGUCUGGGCGUUGUUUGGAGCGCGCUUUGAGACACUUUCGAGACCCACAGCCGCCCUGGAUUCACGCACAGCAUUAUCUGGAAUAUGCACUCGGUCGACAAGCUUACACGAUGGGCGAUAGUAAUCUAGCAGUGGAACAUUUCUUGAGGAUGCUACGCAUUGCAGACACGCAGGAAGGUCAGUCUGGAGUUCUCGAGAACCUCAGUCUUGCAUACAAGCAACUCCAAACCCGGCCAGACUUCGCAAAAGAUACUGUAUUUGAGCCAGUUCUGGGCGCACCAAUCUUUCAGGCAACCGGUGCAGCAAUAAUACUGCCAGCCCAGGAGGUGGAAGGAGCCACCGAAGCCGCUAUCUAUGAUGCAACACUUCAGAGUCCCGGACACGACGGACACAUUGUUGGCGUUGACGAGAGCUUUCAGCUUCGCUUGGUCGCUCAUAACCCACUCGACAUCGCAAUCAGACUGACCGAAAUCAAGGUUCACGCGGAGAACACGUCUCCGCUCGAAGACGGCUUAGAUAUCGAAGAUGGAUUGAACAUGAACAGCAUAUCGGACCUGGAAAUCCCUCCGCUGGCCACAAAAUCCUUCAAUUUGCGUAUCACGCUGACUUGUCCCACCACUGUACGCUUCACUCGGAUCGAAUAUCUCUUCCACGGCCUAAUGAGACAAUCGGAAGCGUUGGUCUCGCGAGGUAAACGCCUUACCGCUGAGAAACGGCAUCGACUUGCGGAGCAUUAUAAGGACGACCUCUCGCUUCGCGUUACGGCGCGGCCAGCAAUAGCACGUCUAUCGGCCCAGAUUCAAAACGGUCCUGUUAGAGCAAGUCAGGGCGUCUACCAGCGGUGGGGUUUGAAAAUGGAUAAUAUCGGAACGUUACCGAUUACCACAAUCUGGGUGAAAUGCAACCACUCUAACAUGUUCACCAGGCAGCCAUCAGAGGCGGCUGCUUUGGCUGCCAGGCGAUCACCUAAUGGACAGGACGACGACAUGACGAUCAAGCUGAUCGAUCUGGCAUCCCGUCCACUCGGUCAGGGUGAAGCACACGAGGUUGAACUGAGGUCUUGUUUCUUGCAUUCGGGCGAAUUCGAUCUGGAAUACGAGGUACUAUAUCAAGCAACCGACGGACAUAUCCACAAGCAUGUCCUCGGACAUGUCAUCACCAUCGACCCGUCCUUAGACAUUUCUGUGCAAAUGAACCAUCACAGUGCCAGUGUGACAGAUCGUGGCAUGUCCAUGACGAUCACCAACAACUCUUCCGAGGUCAUCUCCCUCGACGGGAUCUGCGCGUCCAGCGCGACAUGGGGAGUUGCACCCCGGUCGCAGGACGAGAAAGUCGAGCGGACGUUACAGCCCGGAUCCACACAGAGUGUUACGGUGAACCUCGCAUGGCGUCUUGAUAACAGCAUUGGGGAGUUGCAACGCAUCGCCGAGAGCAAUGCCAGUCAGAUCCUUGGGCUUGAAGACGAUGGCCAUCGAGAUAUAAACCCAUCGACACAUCAGUCUAGACAACAAUUUGGUGAUCGUCCGAUGGAAUGGCCAGACCUUGAGGUCUGGGCUUGUUGGCGUCGACAGCAAGUCGGAAACAUAGGGGGCAACACCGCAGUGCGAGAUUUCGCUUCGAGCACAGUGGAUCUGGCUGUCCUAUGGCGAAGAGGUGAUAUUGACACCAUGGCCGGAUACACUGCUAUAUGCAAUGUUUCUGUUCAACCUCGACAUUCACCACUACUCCCAGCCCUGAUAAACCUACUCAAAGUGGAUAAAGCGGCCGCGCGGGCCAUGUACGAGGAAACGAACGUCCGUCGGCGGCAAAUGUUGACUAGCGUGCUCAAUGGUGACAUGGCUAGCGAAGACAAUCCGCUUCAGGUGGCCGUACGUUGGAUAUCACCUCCAGUGGAUCGCGGGAGGUACGCGCGCAAAUCGAAUACACCUUUUCCAAUACUUCACCUCUAUACGAUGUCGACUUUACAUUCAACAUCCGCGAACCUUCCAGCCGCUCGCUGGUUGUUCUUGGUAAUCGCCAAUUAGCGAAAAGGCUUCGACCGCAUCAGAGCUUUAUGUGGGAAGCUUCAGCGAUGCAGAUCACCCAGUC